AUGGCAGUAACAGCAGACGAAGUGGCCAAUGUUGUUCUCUCAGAGUUCAAAAAGCUCUCAGCCAAGAGGAAGCCAACUGUCCGUGGCAAUGGCCUUCAUGAAUGGGUGCCCCUGAGCGGCAUCGUUGCCAAAGGCCCAGCGUUUCUGAAAUGUGUAGCCCUGGCAACCGGCAUGAAAUGCCUCCCAGCUUCCAAGCUCCCCCAAGCCAACGGCAUAGCCAUUCACGAUUGGCACGCUGAGGUCCUCGCUCUCCGCGCGUUCAACCGCUUCAUCCUCGAUGAGUGCAAACGCCUCACUCUAGACAGCACCUUCACAUCAGACUUCCUCUGCCGGACCUCCUCUUCAUCACUCCCACCAUUCAUUUGGCGCCCAGACGUAUCCCUCCACAUGUACUGCUCCGAAGCACCCUGCGGCGAUAGCUCCAUGGAAAUAACCAUGGCCUCCCAACCCGACUCAACCCCCUGGUCAUCACCAAUCCUCCUUUCCGAACAACCAGAUGGUCAACUCCUCGGAAGAGGCUACUUCUCCCACCUAGGCAUCGUCCGCCGCAAACCCUCCCGCCCGGACGCACCCCCCACAAACUCCAAAUCCUGCUCCGACAAAAUCGCCCUCAAGCAAUGCACCUCACUCCUAUCCUCCCUCACCUCCCUCCUCAUCUCCCCCAAGAACGUCUACUUGACUUCCUUAGUCCUCCCAGAGUCGCAAUACUCAGAGACGGGCUGUACAAGAUGUUACGGCUUCGACUUUGACUCCUCCCCGCUGGGAAGGAUGUCCUGCCUUACAACCAACCCCCCGACCUGGGCUGACGGUUACAAGACGUCACCAUUCAAAAUUGAGACAACUCAACAUGAGUUUGACUACUCCAAGCGGACGGUGACGGCAAGAAGUGACAAGAUCUCACCCUCCAAUCUGGCUGUUUGUUGGACUUACAACAAGGAGGUGGAAGAGGGGAUAAUAGGAGGAGUACUUCAAGGCCGGAAAGCAUUUGAUAUCAAGGGUGCGAGUGCGGUCUCCCGCAUGAAGAUGUGGUGUUUGGCUGUGGAGGUGGCGCAGGGUCUUCAUGGCCCGGAAGGGGAGCUCCUCAAAGAGCUGAAAAGAGGGACGUAUGAUGAGGUAAAAGAGGAAAGUGUGUUGUUGCAAUCUAGGAGGAAGGUCAAGGAGGAGGUCAGAGGGGAAGCUUUGAAGGGCUGGGUGAGGAACACAGGGGACGGCGGGUUUCGCCUAUAA